GGGAAGUUCCCGCCCUCGUUUUCUGAUAAAUGCCUCCAUCCAUUGUUGUUGCAUCUAGAACUGGCUGAUCUGCGUUGACCUUCUAUUUGGGCAUAUGAAGUCGCAGAGCAACAAGGCAGGGCCUUCGAUGUCGCCCCUGUCCAGGAGCCAUGGACGCUUUGACUACGAUGUAUUCUUGAGCUUUCGAGGAGAAGACACCCGCCAUAAUUUCGCCGGCUUGCUCCGUGAUAUGCUUUAUCUACAGGGCAUACACGCCUUUUUUGAUGAGGAAGAUUUGCACAAGGGACAGAGGAUUGAGGAGAUAUUGGAGGCGAUAAGCAGGUCCAAGGUAUUGGUUCCCAUCUUCUCGCAGCGCUACGCUGAAUCUAAGUGGUGUUUAAGAGAAGUUGCCAAAAUGGUGGAAUCUUGUCAUCAUGGUGGGCAAGAGAGCCUCAUCAUUCCUAUCUUCUUUGAUGUGAAUCCGGCCGACGUGCGACAUCAGAGUGGCCCAUUUGAAUCUGCCUUCCAGAAGCACGAGACGAAAAGCUGGAGGAAUAUCUUCGGCGAGGUCGAUGAAUGGAAGAACGCACUGCUAUACGUUGGAGGAAUUUCUGGCUUUCAUCUUAAGAAUGGGUGUUUCAUGCUUCUCCCACCUUUUCUACUUCCAUCAUUCUAAUACUCAAAUAUUCUUUUCCUGUAUCUGUAUGCAAAUGUUAAUGAGGACUAUUAGGAAGUUAAAGAACUAGGAACCCAUACAUUCAUCCGAUUAGACAGCUUACAAGAUGCUGUUAUUUAUCAUUUUUCGUUUUCUGAUAACCGUGGCUCACAGAGAUCGGCAUAAGAGGUGGAGGAAGGGUGGUAUAGUUUAUGGAUACCGCUACUACCACUUAUCUUCUGGUUAGCCAAAUGUUGGUGGCGGUCUCUGUUAUCCCAAUGUAUAUUUCUCCAAAGUGAGGAACAGAAGAAGGAACUUACAAUCUUGAAUCAAUGUUUAAUUUCUACCCAUUCCCUGCCGUUUAAUAUCCCUUUUCAGUCUUAACAGGAUAUGCGUGAUCUUUUCUCUUUGCUAUCCAUCAGCCGGAAUAUGGAUUUUCUAUGUUCUCUCAAUUUCUCAAAGUUGUGCUUAGGCACGUGGUUGAUUAAGAGUAUUGUGAUUCCGAAUCAAAUCCGCUGGGAGAUGGUCUCCUCCACCUUUUAUUGCCAGAGAAUGAAAGAUAAGAUUGUUAUCCACCUCAUGAAGUUGUCUCUAAUUGAGAUUAAGGUUACUAUGUUUUGCAGAAACCAAAGGGAGCUUAUCAAGUCAAUUGUUGCAGAGAUUCAGAAGGUUUUACCAGCUGACAGGCUCCUUGAUGAAGGGGAAUACAUUGUUGGUCUUGAGCACCGUGUGAAAGAGAUGAUGAAGCGCUUGGACUUUGAAGCAAAAGAUGUCCGGAUCAUUGGAGUCCAUGGUAUUGGCGGUAUAGGGAAGACAACCCUUGCAAAGGCGGUGUAUAACAGAAGCCAUCGCUUCUUUGAAGCUAGUAGCUUCAUCGAAAAUGUAAGGGAAGAAUCGAAAUCCAAAGGUCUCGUCCAGCUGCAGAAACAUCUCAUUCAAGAUAUUUCAAAAGGCAAACACAGAAAAAGGAUAAGUAACAUAAGUCAAGGGACCCAAAUGAUUAUGCAAAUGGUUGGUAGUAAGAGUAUUCUUCUUGUUCUUGAUGAUGUCAAUGAACAAGAGCAGCUCGAUGCAUUGGCUCGCAAGAUAAGCUGGUUCCAUUCAGGAAGCAGAAUCAUCAUCACUACAAGGCAAGUGAAGAUCCUCAAGCUCGCAGGAUUGCCGGCCGAAGCUGUUUAUAUGGUUGAGGAAUUGCGUGAGGAAGAAUCGCUUCAGCUAUUCAACUAUCACGCAUGUGGAGACGAACAGCCCAAACAGGAAUACACCAAAAUUAUCCAAGGAAGUCGUAUCAAUUAGCAAUGGGCUACCAUUAAUUCUCCGAGUAUUCGGAUCACUUUUUAAAACAGCAGAAACACCAGAAGAGUGGAACAAAUUGCUGGAAGACUUAAGACUUCGUCAAGAUAGCAAAGUUCAUGAAAAAUUAAGAAUAUGUUAUGACAGUAUGAAUGACAAUGAGAAGCUAAUCUUUUUGGAUAUUGCAUGCCUUCUUGUCAGGAAAAAUGUGGAGGAUGCGAUAUAUAUGUGGGAAGAUCAUAACGUUUCACCUAAUCUAGCUAUAAGGAGCUUGCAAAAUAGGUCCCUUGUUAGGAUUAACAAGGGAAAGUUUGAAAUGCAUGACCAAAUAAGAGACAUGGGAAGGGAAAUCGUUCUAAGGGAAAGUCUCUUUCUUCCCAGAAAUCGCAGCAGGCUGUGGCGUGAAAGAGACAUAGUGGACUCUCUAAGGAACUCUCAGGGAAGCAUGACUGAAGGGAUCAUUCUCAACUUACGUGAGGGAAGCGACACAAGAUUAAGCACCGAAGCCUUUUUAUUGAUAUCCGAACUCAGAAUACUCCUUAUCAACUCUGCCAUCUUUGGUAAUUGUGACUUUAGGCAUUUUCCUGCAAGCCUGAAAUGGUUAGAAUGGAAAGGAUGCCCCUUGGAAACAUUUCCACUUGAAAGCAAGUUUAAAAGCGUUGUGGUCCUUAACCUGUCCCGGAGUUUUAUCAGCCAAUUGUGGAAUUGAACAGCAUCAUGCUCAAAAUCUACCAAAGAGUUGUAUGAAGGACUAAAAGUCCUUGAUCUCUCCUGCUGUGAUUGUCUCAAUUGCACUCCCAAUUUUGCAGUGGCGCCAAACUUAAAGAAGCUGAUACUUGACGAAUGCAGCAACUUGAAAGAAGUCGAUGAUUCAAUUGGGUUUCUGAAAAAAUUGGUGUUUCUUAGCAUGAGGGAGUGUGUUUCCUUGGAGAAAUUACCCAACAAAAUAUAUGAGUUGAGUUCUCUUGCAGUUUUCAAUCUCGAAGGAUGCCACAAGCUUGUUGCUUUUCCACAAUUUCUGGCAGGAUCGGAUUCCACGGGAGACUUGCAUGGUGUGAUGAACAAUCAACCCACUUCUAGGCAACUGACAAAUUUCAUGAGAGGUCUUUCCAAUCUCGAGGAGCUCAUCUUGAGAGACUGUGAAAGCCUUGAAUUUCUACCUCGCCUUCAUGAGUUUCAUUCUUUAAGAAGCCUGCACAUAGAUGGUUGCCAGGGCCUUAACCGCAUCAGGAAAUAUUUGUUUGAGAAUGUGGCAGUUAGAGAGUGGGAUGAACUCAGUGUUUCUGGAAGUGAAACGCAGUCUUCGAAGCAAGAAUUUUCUUUCAUGGUUCCGAUCGGAUCUAUUAAUGAUCCCUUACUUUUGCAGCAGCUACAGUGCCAUGGUUAUGGUGAUCCAUGCGAAGAAGGGACCAUGACAUUACAUGUUCGUUAUGAGGAUAUAGCAAAUAAUUGGUUGACCUUAGAUACUAUAUUUGAAGCUCGCUGUGACUAUUCCAUUUAUGAGGACAAUGCGUAUGGCUAUUGCUACACAAUCUGUUUUGGUAGGAACGAUCAGAUAAAUGAGGCCCCAAGGGGAGAAACCGUAAUUAUGAAGGUUACAACUGUGAACAAUUGUAAGCUGACAAAAGUUGAUAUCAAACUUCAAAAAAGUAGCAGGUUUAGUGGUGAGAACAUGAUGAAGCCAUACAUCAGCAUAUCUAGAAGGGAAGCUUUUAUGAGUCCACCGACUUCAGUAAAUCCAUCAUCAUCAAGGAAAUUUGAGUUUGAAUUCUCUACAUUCUUCAGUGCCUAUCAAGCGGAUAAACUCGAAGUCAUUGAAUAUUCAGCAACGCUUGAUGCUCGUAUCACUCAAAUGAUGUGGCGACUGCAUGCCCAAUGUGGAGAACAAAUGUUCCACUUUGGGUGGACUAUUGAGGAACUCAUCAUCCUUACCUUGAUCUUUGGUGAUACCGAAGUUUCAUGGUAUGAGCAAUGGCAUGAAACGAUGUUGCCACGACAAGCAAGGGAUAGAGUUUGUCAUACGGUACCUGCUCUUGUGAAAACAGCAAUUUAUGACAAAAUGAAAGUUCUCGAUAUCUCUCAUUGUAGGUUUCUUGUUAGGACACCUGAUUUUGCACGAACCCCAAAUUUGGAAAAGUUGAUUCUUGACCAUUGUGGAUCCUUACUUGAAAUCGGUGAAUCCAUUGGACAACUGAAGAAGCUUAUCCUACUUAACAUCACUCGAUGUGCAAAACUGCUUGCGCUACCUUGCGCUAUUUUGCAACUGAAUUCCCUUCGAGUACUCAGCCUUGAACGUUGUUCAGCAAUCAAGUUCCUACCGGAAACUUGUUCUCGUAUAUGGAAGAGUCACAUGAUGCAUGUAGGUUUGGAGGCGCUACAAGAGCUCGUACUUGAUUAUUGCACUUUAAGAGGAAUGCCAUACUAUGUUGGAGGACUUCAGUGCCUGCGUCGCCUAUCCUUGAGAGGUUGCUAUUCACUUGCAUCUCUACCACUUUCUAUUGGAAGUUUAGUGGUACUAGAGGAGCUGAAUGUGGCAGAGUGCUCAAAGCUCUUCAGUAUCCCUGGCUUGGAGAAAUUGAGAUCACUAAAAGUCGUGCAUAUGAACGGCUGCGAUCAUCUCGAUCUCGAACAGAUUCAUAGGCAGUUGAAGGUCUUUCAGGAUCUCGAGGCAUUUAGCAUUUCCAUUGCAACUUGGAACGUCAUCAACACAUCUUUUCUCUCUCCGAUAGACUUGGGCAAGAGCAGCAGGAUAUCUUUUCCCUUUCCGAGAGGAGGGCGCGUGGGCAGGGAGCCCCUGUAUGUUGAACAAAUCAAUGUCGCAAUUGGAGGAACACUGGGUUAUGGAAGAAUCAAUCUUGAGAUCAAAACUACAGAAGAAAAUGUUCUACAUGUUGAUGCCCUGCCUUUAUCAAAACUACAUGUUGAUGCCCUGCCUUUAUCAAAACGUUCAAGCAGAGAUGUAUCAAAAUUUGAAGCCGAGCAAUUAUCAGCGAAGACUCAGGCCCCUUGUAGACAAACCUUUUUACAAACGUUCAAGCAGAGGUGUAUCAAAAUUUGAACCCGAGCAAUUAUCCGCGAAGACCCAGGCCCUUGUAGCCCCAGUUAACGCCCCAGUUAACUGUUACAGAGCCUGGUUUAGGAUGGAUGAUGAGGUAAAUGAGCGCCUAAGGGUGGAGGCAGCAGCAAGUACUGAUGAUGCCACUAGCGUUGGAGUGCUGCACGUAUCUUGCACAGAACCAUCGUUCUGGCUGCAACGAGGUGAUAUAUGGUUUCGCCAACGUCUCACACCAAAAUUCAGGGGGUUGCGAUCACCAGAGGAUGAUGGCACAGCGAGCAAAAAGCUAAAAAUUGAAGGCUCUCCUUAAUUUGUGCACCGCAGGUGACUAUUGCCUACAUUAGUUGCCUUGUUAUCCAAUGGACGAAAUUUCACCCUCAUGCAUGUGUCUCGUCUUCUCUUCUGCCAAUUUUGAUAAUACCAAAAAGUUCACGAUCGGUACAAAUCAUGAGCUUUUCUGAGAAAAAUGAGAAUUAUUAUGAGUACUAAAGAGGUUGUAUGUGCAUGCUGUAACAUAUGCAUGAGCUAGUAUUAUUCGUUCCCUUUUUGUAACGCAUUGCACAAUCUUAUUUAUUUAUUUCUGUUUAUUUUGACUGACGAUCUGAGAUCUAGAUCAAUACCUUUCUUACGGUAAAAU